AUGCAUGCUUGGCGUCUAUCGCUCGCGUAUGAGAUGACACUCAGCUGGUGGGCUGGAGGCGCCGCACCGCACCGGGCACCAUGCAACCAUGAAACCGUCGGCGCAACUGCGUACCAUAUUCACAUACUUCAUGCCUACACUGCUUCGCGCAAUACGGCGGACACAUUCUACUCUGUAGCAAACACGAGUAUCGUCAGCCACAAAUACAACAGUACCUACGCUUUGAACCGUUACAAAAGCAUGGGAUUGGGCAAAUCUUUUGCUGGCGCCGUCGCGCUGGCUACUCUCAGCUCAAUCGGUGCCCUCGCAGCCAGUGAGCCUCACUGCGUCGGCGACAACUCAAAAAUCUGCUUCAGCUGGGGCGUUCCAGAAUCAGCCAUUAAGGGUGGCUCCGGCAACGUCUACUUCCAACUCCGCGCGCCCAACACCUACGAAUGGGCGGCCCUCGGCAUCGGCAGCCAGAUGAGGGGCGCCGAGAUCUUCCUCAUGUACCAAGACGGCAGCGGCAACGUCACGCUCAGCACACGAUCCGGCGUCGGGCACGUCAUGCCCCAGUACACGCAGCGCUCCGAGGUUGAGCUGCUCGCCGGCUCCGGCGUGGUGAAUGACGAAAUGGUGGCCAAUGUCCGCUGCGGCGACUGCCAGAGCGCCAGCCUCACGGGCUCCAGUGGCUGGAUAUCGGCGUGGAAGACCGGCCAGGCCAUCAACUCGCAGGACAAGAGCGCGCGCAUCGACUAUCACGACGACCACUCCAUCUUCCAGAUCGACCUGAGCCAGGCCUCUAUCACCUCCGAUGCGAACCCGUUCACGGGUACCGAUGGAGGCAGCAACCCCAAUGGCAACAACACCAGCGGCGACGGUAACGGCGGCGGCAGCGGCGGCGGCAACAUUGUCUCGCCAGGUGGCGGAUCUGGUUCGCCUGUUUCGAGCACACUACUCUAUGGCCAUGGAGUUCUGAUGAUGAUUGUCUGGGUCAUCCUGUAUCCUGCCGGAGCCUUGAUGAUGCCUUUCAUCGGCAAGUGGAUAUUCCACGCUGCGUUUCAGACGAUGGCUUUCCUGGCCAUGUGGGCAGGUCUAGGCCUGGGCUAUGUCCUGGCCCAUCGACUUGGUAUUUUCUGGCAAAACACACACACGCGUCUUGGAAUCAUCGUGUGUGCUUUGAUGUUCCUGCAGCCGAUUCUGGGUGCCUUGCACCACACGAGCUACAAACGCCAAGGACGUCGUGGUGCUCUGAGUCAUAUCCAUGUUUGGUACGGCCGUGCGCUCAUCAUUCUGGGCAUCAUCAAUGGCGGCCUGGGCCUUAAGCUGGCCAGCGCUGGCAUGGCUUUCCGCACUGCGUACAUUGUGCUCGCUGCUGUCAUUGCUGGACCUUACUUUCUCUCCAUUCCCUGGCUCGAGAUGAGAAAGGCCAAACGGGCUAAGAGUGAAGGCACCGGCAGCCCUUCUCGCAAGGGCCUGACGGCAAGAGCUGGCUCAGACGAAGCCUCGAGUCGGUAG